AUGGCGACGGGCAUGGACAUUGUUGAAAGAAGAUCACACGGUAAAUAACGUAGAACGCAGUCAUAUUUGUCACCUUGUAAUGUUUGACAUGACAAAAAAUACGUGAUCUGUUUCUUUUUCACGUUCAGAAACAGAGGACCAAGCACGUGUUAGGUUUCAAGUUGAACUGGAGUUUGUACAGUGUCUCGCCAAUCCUCAUUAUCUCAAUUGUAAGUGCCUGUGUUGUUUCUUAAGUUUGAUGUCCUAAUUGGAGUUUUAAGAUGUCUUAUCUUAAAAUGGAAGAUAAAUGCAAAUGGAACACUUGACGGUCCACUCCGGUCAUGUUCAAUAGAAUAUGCAGAGACAUAUUGAAACAAUGUUUAAGUAAUUAUCAGGGUAAGGUGGAUAGCAAUUUCUUUUGUUAUGCGGCAACGGUGCUUUCCCCACAUAGGAAUAUUCUCAUUUUUACACAGAGAAUGCAUAAAACUAUGUGAAGGCCGUUUACGCAAUAAAAUGCAUUUGCACUCCACUUUGAAAGGGUGUUUUUUUGUGUAAAAAGAUUUUGACCAAUCACAAGAGUUGAAAACAAUAGCCAAGAAAAGCUUACAAUUUUACAUGUUUCCCACAUAGGAUUUCUUUGUUAUUCAAACUGACACCAGAUUUUGUUAAAUGGAAGAUGGUUGGAAAGUAAGGAUGAAUAUAUGUACUGCUUUAUGAAGUUUUGUUAACUUUUGCUGUUUAAGCCAAUCAGAAGUGAGUACAGACAAUAGAAAAGUUAGCACCUUUUUUGCAUUCCAACGUGUUCGUUGCCGUUGUUGCUAUCGUUCUUAUCUGGACCAUUUGUUGAAACCUUCCCCUAAGGCUGGCAGGGGUAGGGGGGGUUCGACAGGGAAGGGUCCCAUUUAAAAGUUAACAAAAAAUUUUAUCCAGGCAAUUAAUUUUAGUAUCCUAUUUGCCCGAUCAGGCAACUGCAAUUUCUGUGAAAGUUGUAGGUUAACAUGACGUGACUCAGUAUUUUUGUAUCAAGUCUAUCUUUUGUAUUAUCAAAACUGUUUUAUACUUGUAAAGGUUUGUAUUUACGUGCGUCAUGCGUGACUGCAGAAAAUUAAAAAAGAUUGAAAUAUGAUCUUGAAUAGUCGCCACAAAUCAUUUCAAAAACUGGAAUGUUUUUGCGAGCCUUUCACAAAAGUUACCACAAAACGUACAGGAAAAAAAGGGGGGUGUGGUUAACCUUGAAUAAAUGAUAAAAGAAACCUUUGAGUGUACUGUUCGUGCUUGUAGCAGGAUAAAAAACGCUACAAACCCACAGGAGUAAUGUCACAAGUAAUUUGAGACCUCUUGCUUUUCCACAGAUCGCAACUUUUUAUCAGUUUUUACUUCAUGCAGUAGCGACCUAAAGUUUCUAAUGCUGGGGGAAAAGUCAUGAUUUUAAUGUCGAAGGGUUGGGAGGGUAGGAUCCUUUUGUCCCUGUUCAUGCAUCCCUUUUUUUAUCCCAGAUUAUAUCUAACAUACCCCCUAUCAACAUCCUAGAUCCAAGUACCCCUUCUUAACCUUGGGCAAUUUUGAGUGAAAUAUUUUGUGUAUAAAACUGUGGGUUAUUGAUCUCCAUUGUGCCUUCAAGGUCUGUUUAUACCACUCAACACAGACUAUCAACUUAGAAACAAGUAAAGCAAAUUCUCUAUACUCACUCCCCAUUCGUUUUUAAACUGCAUUUUUUCUACAGUGGAACAUUAUUGUGGAACAAUCUCCUUGGGGGCAGAGGGGGGAAGGGGUACUCAACAAAGGUUUAUAUGGGUAGGCCCUACCCCAAGGUUCAAACUUUGUAUCCCUUUAACUUCUGUAAAUUUGCACUGUUUUUAGAAUAAUGAAUAAAUUACAAAACAAAAACAUUUUUUCGACUUUUUCACAGCCAUAAAGUGCAUCUGUUUUGGGGGGCUUUUUUACAGACUGAAGUGACAGAUUUGCCUACCCUUUCAUGUACUUCAACAAUUGAAAUCCCAACCCUUUCAUACACCUGAAGCCUAAAAAAGGUGCCCCCUUUCGGGUGGAGCCUCCCCAUAUAGGCUAUUAUAGGGACCACCCUUCUGCCCCCCCACCUCCCUCCCUCCCUGGAAAUAAUCUCACAAAGAAUGUCAGAGCUAUCAGAACCUAGAAGGUUUAUAGGCUAGCACAGUGUGAUAGUUAUAUGGCUGGUUCAAUGUAUAUUUUUUAUUAUAGUAAUAAGAACAAUAAUUUAUUGUUCUUUUUCUGUUUGCAUGCACAGUUUUGGCCCAGAGAGGUUACUUCAAAGACCAGUCUUUCAUAAAUUACCUCAACUAUCUUCUGUACUGGAAGAAACCAGAGUAUGCAAAGUUCCUAAAGUAAGUUAAAACGUUUUUAAAAAAUUCACACUGUUAUAUCUUAAGGUGGUAUGCUGGACUUGGAAUACUAAAACAAUUUUCAAAGUAACACUCCCACGUACAGAAUCAACAUGGUGCUUCAUUUCUAGACUUAAUUUAAUUUUAAGUUUUAUCAUAAAUUCCCACACCCAAAAAACAAACAGAAGUGGACUUAAAUCCAAAAAAUAAAAUUGAACCACAACUUAUACAAUAACAUUAAAUGUUAUUUUAUAAUUUGUUUCAAUUUUAGUUUGUCAUAAAAGCAACCUUAAGAAUAUUCUUGGCAGGUUGUAUUAUUGUAAUAAUUUGUUAGCCAAGCAAGAGAAGUCUGAGUGUUUGUUUGUAAGUUUUUUUUGUUUUAACACUUCUGUGAGCAUGGCAAAAGUGUCUGUUUUACUAGGGAGGGUCGUGCACGAUUUUAUGCAAAUUUCAUAUUUCUUUGUUGGAUUUAAUUUUCACUGUUUAGGCCAAGAAUGACUUGAUUUUUUUUUUGAGUUUCCAUAUUUUCUUUCAGGUAUCCCCAGUGCCUACAUUUUCUGGAACUUCUCCAAUAUGAACAUUUUCGUCGAGAACUUGUCAACCCUGCAUGUGCCAAGUUCAUUGAUGAACAGCAAAUUCUCCACUGGCAGUAUUACUGUAGGAGAAGAAUGAGGAUGACUUUACCAAAACCAGGACAAACUGGUUCUGAACCAUCCGAGCAAUGAUGAACACAAGGCAAGGAAACCAAAGAUAAAAAAAAUGUAUACUAAACAGUUGAGUCAAAACAAUAUCCUGUAAGGAAAAACUGAACAUAACAUCAUCUACAGCAAAUACUGAGAGAUGCGUCCAAGAACAGAGAAACCAUUUUAGUGUGUUAACACGAUAUAGACCCACAGUAGUGUCAUGGUUAGCAUAAGCCACUAAAGCUUGGAAUACAUUAGUGUGAAAAACAACAUAAGGAUAAUGUCAUAAUGCCAUUCCUGGUUCACACUAGGAACGUAAAUACUCAAGUUAAACAGAAAUUAGUUAUGCCAGCAGUGUGAACAUGCAAACAUGAGUUUGCAAACAACAAAAUGAGGGGAAACUUAACCAUAUAGUUUAUCUGGCAUAAAUCUUAAAGGCAGAAACUGAGAAAAUUUCUUCUAAAUGCUUGUGUUACUAUGUGAAAGGAAAAAAUGGUUAAUUCAAACUUUUUUAUUUCAUUUCUUGUCUUGGCUAACCACAGUAUUCUCAAAGCAACUUUUUCUGUUCUCCUUUGGACCUCUUUAACCUGACUCAAGACAUGUGUAGUUGUGUGCACUCUUCAAGAUUCAGUGCUGAAGUCUGGAGUGAGGGACAGUCCUAGUUAUUCUGAGAGAAAUAAAUAAGCCAAAGCGGGAUUUUUUUUAAAAAAAAAACUGAGAUAUAAGAAAAUUUUAUAACUUUUGUAAUAGAGAGAUUUAGAGUCAGAUUUACAGCCAAUGGCAAAGGUGAAGUUGCACCAUGUGACGAAGUCUUCCCUUUACUUGUUGUUUGUUGUUCACUUUUUCCCCUAUAAAAAUAAGUAGUUUUACGCUAGUUUUAUUCACAAGAACAUGGACAGUUUUUAUCUGCUCAUUUUCUAUUUUAACAAAUCCUCAACUUGAAUCUGACUUGUCAUAAGCAUGACUCUUACUAACUUUGGUCCACACAAGAAUAAGCAUUAACAUAAGAAUUUUUUCUCUGAGGGCAACUGAAGCAUAAACGUGAACAUACAAAUGUAAGAAUAUCAACACGUCCUGGCCUUGGUUGUUCAAAUGUUGGAUAGCGCUAUCCAUCUGGCCCUAGUUGUUCAAACAUUGGAUAGCACUAUCCAGGGGAUAAAAAUACAGAAACCAACUCCAUUAUCCACUGGACAAAGAUUUAUCCAGUGGAUAGCGUUAUCCAGCUCUUGAACAACUGGAGCCUGAUAAAUCACUAUCCAGCCAAUAAGUAUUUGGGAAACCGAUGACAUCAUCUACUGGAUAGCUUUUUAUCUUAGAGUAGUGGUAUCCAGCUUUGAUCAACCAGGACCUGUUCUUCUUGUGCUUGUGCUUAUAAUGUCAGUGUUAAUUCUAUCGAGGACAUGUGACAUGGCACAAGCAAAAGCAACAAAAAUAUGGCACUUGUUAUAGCCUGCAGAGCAGGCAUUUUUUAUUGAAAACUCGGAGGUACAUUGAUCGUGGCCGCCACCUUGAAAAGCAACGAAAAAGACUAAGGGGGAGGGGCACCUCUCCCUUAAAAUCACUUUUUGACUCGUCCCAACUCUCUGGUAGUAUUAACGUCCAAGAUGGCAGGACAACGUCAUUCCUGAAAACAAUUCAUGGAUCCCGCUCCAAAAUACACCUGCUUUGCAGGCUAGGCACUUGUCACCAAUCCCACCUUUUUCUGCCACAUCAGUUUUUAUUCUUUGGUGCCAGUAUAGUAGUGCCAAACCUUUAUGCUUCUGUGCCUGCUUAUGUAAGAUUAUGCUUGUGUUCAUUUUUAUGUUUGAGUCCCUAUAUAGUUUUGCAAAGUCCUUCAAGGCUCUUAUGCUUUGUAUAAGACUCCUUGCACCCCUUGCUCUGCUUGUAACCAAUUAAUGGAUGGUUUUUUGUGAUAUCCAGAAUAAUCAAGGUCGAGGUAAGUGUUACCAGCUGAGCCAAAGGCCGAGGCUCAUAACACUUGCCGCAACCUUGAUUAUUCAGGAUAUCACAAAAAAAUAGGCUUGAUUACGAGCCGCUGUUGGGAAAAUGAGCCCGCACUCAUCCAACCCGGGAGACAGCGGAAAUCGAGCCUAACAAAAAAAUGAAUCUUAUUGUUUUAUUGUACAUUGUUUAGCUGAUGAAAAUAAUGACAAACACACCGUCACAAGGAACCGAAUUGACAUUGUUCUUGGAAAUCAUGCAUUGCACAUGCAACCUACAGAUUAAUCACUAAUCUGCUAGCAGAUAACUAACUAAUCUGUAGGUUACGCUGAUUUCCAAAACUAACUGUAGGCUCUCAGCUAAUGAGAAGACAGGUAGUGAGUUCAAUGUAUAAUAAUAUAACUAAUCUUCUAGGCAAGUCGUGUUUCAAGUGGGGAAAGCAGUUAAGAUAUCCUGCAAUUAGGAUGUGCAUGGAAGUGCAAACAUUAGAAAACAGAAAGGAAGUGGAUUGUAGGUUAGGCUUAAGAGAGGACAG